AUGUUCUCCAGAGAGGGACAGAGCCUGAGCUCUGAGCAAGUAAUCCCCAGGAUCCUCCUCCUGCUCCCCCUUUGUAUGUGCAGCCUGAAGAGGGAGAUCACAGCUUUUAAGCUUCUAGUUUGCUCCCAGUCCUCCCAGGAAGGGUGAAGAGAGUUUUAUUUUUUUUUCCUUCUUCUUUCCAUUAAACCAACUUGGUUGAGGAUAAAGACCCUUCAUUAUUUGCAAAGAAUUUGAAGAAAACCGAACCCAAAAGGAAGAGAGGAUCCUUGGAUUCUACCACAACCUGCUGCCCACACCACCCUAACCACCACAACCACGAUUCCAGACUACUCUGCCAUCUGUGCUCCAAGCCAAGAUACUAGCAUGAUGUCUUAUCUCAAGCAACCACCUUAUGCAGUCAAUGGGCUUAGUCUUACUACCUCUGGGAUGGAUUUGUUGCAUCCUUCUGUAGGAUAUCCUGCUCUGUUUUCAGCUACCCCAAGAAAGCAAAGGAGGGAACGAACUACCUUCACCAGAGCUCAACUUGAUGUACUUGAAGCACUUUUUGCCAAAACUCGUUAUCCUGACAUCUUCAUGAGAGAAGAAGUCGCUUUAAAGAUCAAUCUACCAGAGUCCAGAGUACAGGUGUGGUUCAAAAACCGUAGAGCGAAAUGCCGCCAGCAACAACAGCAGCAGCAGAAUGGUGGGCAGAACAAAGUGAGGCCUACCAAGAAGAAGACAUCUCCAAGUAGAGAGGUCAGCUCAGAGAGUGGCACCAGUGGUCAGUUUACCCCACCCUGCAGUACCACUGUGCCGGUGAUCUCCACCAGUACUGCCCCAGUGUCUAUAUGGAGCCCAGCUUCCAUAUCUCCUCUUUCUGACCCUCUCUCCACAUCCUCCUCUUGUAUGCAGAGGUCUUACCCCAUGACUUACACCCAAGCUUCAGGCUACAGUCAAGGAUAUGCAAGCUCAACGUCUUACUUUGGGGGAAUGGACUGUGGAUCUUAUUUGACACCUAUGCACCAUCAGCUCCCUGGACCUGGAGCUACACUAAGCCCUAUGGGUACCAACGCAGUAGCCAGUCAUCUUAAUCAGUCUCCAGCUUCCCUGUCCACCCAAGCCUAUGGAGCCUCCAGCUUGGGUUUCAACUCCACCGCUGACUGCUUGGAUUAUAAAGAUCAAACAGCCUCCUGGAAGUUAAACUUCAAUGCUGACUGCUUGGAUUAUAAGGACCAGACAUCAUCUUGGAAGUUUCAGGUUUUGUGAACCCCAGUGGGAACUUUUUUUUUUUUUUUUGCUGUAUCUUUGUGACAGACACUUGGACAUUCCAGAUUGAGCCAUGUCUUGAUUGAAGAAGACAAAGACAUUUUUAUUCCCCCAACCCCCCAUCCUCUUCCCUUGCUCGCUUUUUUUUUCUGGAGUGGGAUCCCAACCAACUUCUCCAAAAAAAUAAGCACCUCUAUUUAUCCUGUGUCUCGAUACAUUCGUGAUCACCAUAGAUUUUAGCAAACGUGUUGGAUGAAAGGUUUGACAUGAAGACCAUUCUCGCUCAGGCAGUUCAUUAUCUCUCCAAGCUCGGGGUCCAGUCUGCACCCAUGGCGGUGCCCAGUGUUAGCCAACUGAUGGCACGGCCAUGUGACAACUAGAUGGCACUGAACGCUUCAGGGCUGAGUGAAUUGUGCUUGCUGAUUGUCAUAGAUGCACUACUUUAUUUAAGAAAAAUAAUAAUAAUGUUUAUAAGGAGUCAUUAUGUAGUUUUUAAAAGACAAUCAGUGUGUGUCUUAUAUAAAUGGUCAAUCUGUGUUUUGUUUGUUUGUUUGUUUAUUUUUUUUGUUCUUUUUUUUUAUUCUGUGCUAGACUUCAAAGCUGUGAUCUCCUGUAUUGUAUGCAACCACGAACUCCUUAUCAGUAGGAGUUCAGCUGUGAUUCAUAGGUUAUAAUUAUAUAUAUAAAAAAAAAGAAAAAGAGAAAAUCAGAGCCAAUCUCACCUCACCCCCCACUCUGUUUACCAAUGAGGAACUGCAAUUUACACUUUAUUUUUUAAAGACUUUUCCCAAAUCACCAAGGACUGCCGUGAUCCCUCCCAAUACUGUAAUGAAGACUUUGCUUAGUUUAAUAUGACAAUGGAGAUUUGCAAUUAAUAUUGGCCCACAUGCUUGGGUUUGUGAAGACCUCUAUGAAUAUAUAUUACACAUAGACCUUUCUUUUCUGCUCUGGAUCCAGCAAAUAUGUAUAAUUAUAUUAAAAUGACUCUA